UUCGAACUUUUCAUCUGUCUUACUAUGCAGUCCAAGUUGUGGUCAACUUAUCUGGUUAAAGGCAUCUCAAUUCUCAUCUCACCUCACCUGUAUCGCGUGUAUGAUGUACAUGACGACACACUAUCACUUCACUGCGUUCCAAUACAUACAUACAUAGAAUACAAGUCAUUGCGCGACACAACACUGCAAAGACAAGACUAGGACAACCAGCAAGAGCUCGAAGAGAGACUGAGCAAGAAUGAUGAAGGAAGAAGCUAUAAGCUCCUCCGCCGAUCCUCGGUUGCGACCCAAUUCUUCCUCUCCUCCACCUACCCCCGCCCGCCCAACCAGUUCUGUUGGGGCAUCUUCUUAUGCUGUUCCAACAAACAUUGGCAGCACAGAUGGGGUGGCACAAGAACAGGGUUCAAAAGCAGGUUCUCUUUCUCGUAUUGGUUCACAUCCCACACAGACUUCUUUAAGCACAAGUGCUGGUGGUUCUGCUCUUGGAUCGACACAUCCUUCAUGUAGACCAUGGGAAAGGGGUGAUCUGUUGAGGCGGCUGUCAACAUUCAAACCCACAGCCUGGUUUGGAAAGCCUAAGGCUGCAAGUUCGCUUGCAUGUGCCAGAAGGGGCUGGAUAAAUGUGGAUGCUGAUAAGAUUGAGUGUGAGUCAUGUGGAGCAAAUUUGAUGUUUAUUUGUUCAGCUGUCUGGACUCUUUCUGAAGCUGAUAGUGCCGGUGAAGAGUUUGUAAAAAAACUUGAUGAAGGGCAUAAGGUUGCUUGUCCAUGGAGAGGAAACAGCUGUGCAGAAAGCUUGGUCCAGUUCCCCCCUACCCCACCAUCAGCCCUAAUAGGUGGUUAUAGGGACCGCUGUGAUGGAUUGUUUCAGUUUCCGUCCCUUCCUGUAGUGGCUGCAUCUGCAGUUGAGCAUAUGCAAGUUUCUAGAGGUUCAGAAAUUGACCGCUUUCUAGCUCAACCACAUGUUUUUGGCGGUGUUGAACAUGUCUUUAGGCCAGAGGUCAUUUCUGGAGUUGAAAACACCAGUGAAAAUGUCUUCUUUAUAUACUCACGUGCUCAAAAGCUGAUAAGCCUUUGUGGAUGGGAACCAAGGUGGCUUCGAAAUGUUCAAGAUUGUGAAGAGCAUUCAGCUCAGUCAGCGAGGAAUGGGUAUUCAACUGGUCCCACAAAACAUCAUGAUCCUGUCCGUGGCAAGAAGGUAUUGUCUAUUUCAAACAAAAAGGAUUCUAGUAAAAUUGAAGUACUGGGUCCCAAGUCUAAAGGUGAAUCUAGGUUGCCUUUGCUGGAUUGUAGUUUGUGUGGGGCUACAGUGAGAAUUUGGGACUUCUUCAUUGUUUCUCGUCCUGCUUGCUUUGCUCCAAAUAGCAUUGAUAUUCCAGAAACAAGCAAAAAAAUGGCAUUGACGAGAGGUGUAAGUGCAGCAAGUGGAAUAGGUGGAUGGGUUGCUAGUGAUGGUAUGGAAAAGGACAAGACAGAGGACCAUGAUGAAGCUGCAACAGAUGAGAGAAGGUCAUUAUCAAAUAAUGCAGUAGAUCUUAAUCUUGCAAUGGCAGGUGGAGUGUCCUCUUCAAAGUUGCACAGAGAUGUUCCUAACCAAUUCCCAAAUGUGCAUAAAAGAAGAGAUUUGGUGGUGGGUCAACCUUCUAGCAGUGAAGUUGGUGACCAUGCAACUUCAUAUGAGUCUCGGGGUCCUAGCUCUCGCAAGCGCAAUUUGGAGGAGGGUGGAAGCACCAUUGACAGGCCACAGUUGGUGGUACAUCAAGCAGAUAGUGUUGAGGGAACCGUGACAGAUCGUGAUGGAGAUGAGGUUAAUGAGGGUAGUCAGUACUCAACUGGUCCUUCAAAACGUGCCCGUCAAUCAGAUCCUCAUGAAACCUAUCACUUUUCGCAUGCCAAAGAUUCAUUUGGUGCAGGUCCUAGCCUGUCACUUGGUUUUGAGGUUGGAAUGGAUGAUCAGAGAGAUGGUCCUUUAAACCAAGGUCGUGAACAGAUUAUUUCUGUCCCAUCUACAAGGGAAUUGACUCAUGUUUCAUCUGUUAUUGCUAUGGACACCAUUCAUAGUGCAGAUGAUGAUUCAAUGGAAAGUGUUGAAAAUUAUCCAGGAGAUCUUGAUGAUGCCCAUUUCCCUUCAACAUCAGGUGUAAAAAGCUCAGAUCCAAUUGAGACAUCUGACUUGAAUUAUAGUAAUCAAGCACAACAGAGUGCCUGCCUUGCUGCUGCUAGGUGUACUGGUGAAAUGGGUGUUAGUAGCACGAAUGAUGAGGAAGUAUUAAAUGCAGAUACAGCAACUGCUCGUGGGAGGGAUGGGCCUAGUUUUGGAAUUAGUGGAGGAAGUAUAGGCAUGGUGGUUAGUCAUGAACCUGGAAUUCAUGGAGUGGAUGCUGCUGUACAUAGAGUAGAUAGUGUUGUUGGUGAUGUGGAACAAAUUGCUGAAAUCACUGAAAACCAGGGUCAAACUGGUGAUUUUGGUGCCAAUCUUGGAAUAACUGGUGACUAUGUUCCUGAGGAAAUGGACCGUGAAGAUCCUCAUGGUGAUAGCCAAGAUCUAACAUCUCGCUCUGUGGGAAGGGCUGGGGCUGAUAGCGGUUCAAAAAUUGUUGGCUCAGCCAAGGAAGAAUCAAUUGAAAGCGGUGAGAAGAAUAGCAACAUGCACUUGGCACCUGAUAGUAGUGCACAUCCCUCUCUUUCUUGCAAUGCUGUUCUAUGCUCUGCUUAUGAAGCAUCCAAGGGAGAAGUUACCCAGGCUGCUAAUGCGCUGGCUACUGAAGAGGCUGAAUAUGUGGAAUCUGGUUAUUUGGUUGCAAAUGGGACAGGGCCUCCCAAUGGAGAAAGCUAUGAAGGUGUGGAGUUUGAUCCAAUUAAGCACCAUAACUCUUUCUGCCCUUGGGUCAAUGGAAAUGUUGCUGCAGCUGGCUGCUGUAAUAGCAGUGAUUCCAGUUCCACUGCUGGUGGUCUUGCUCUCUGUGGCUGGCAGCUAACUUUAGAUGCUUUAAACUCUUUCCAAUCACUCGCCAAUAUUCCAAUCCAGACAGUGGCAUCUGAAUCAGCUGCUUCUCUGUAUAAGGAUGAUCAUCUAGCUGCUGGUCAGAAACGCUGUGCUAGCAGAAGUCAUGGGCCUAACUAAUUGUGAAUCCCAAGUGACUUCAAAACCUGGUCUUUAAACGAGAGUUGCCUGGUCAGCUGGAUUCAAAUUUGCAGUGGAUCUGGAAACACGUUGAGUCAUUCCAUUGAGAGCUAGAGAAGGGAAUCGUUUGCUUUCUUCGUCGUGGUUGUAGCUUCUUCAAUGUUUGCUAUCAUACUGUUAGCUGAAUGUUUUUGAAGAAAAGUGUAGACUGUAGUCUGCAAAUGGAUUUUGUUUCCCACUAUUUUUUUUUCAUGUUUGCCAGAUAAUAAUACCAUGUAGCCUGCUAUUGAUUUUCAUAGAUUCUUAUAUUGAGAUUCUGAAAUUGUACGGAUUUUUAAAAAAUAAACCAGGACGAAAAGUUAUUCUGUAAACUUGCUUUUACAUAUUACUGAGUUAAUAUUAUUUUUGGUU